GCUAGCUGAGCCCUGAGAGCAGUGAAUGAGGCUGGAAAGGCAGAGGGAACGUGAAUGGCUCUUCUGGCUUGGGAAAGUGUCCACGGACAAGGGUGCUACGGACCGCAAAACAGCGGGGACACCCCUAAGGAUUCCCUCUCCCUCCAGUGCUGAGUGGUAACAGCUCUGAGUGGGACACAGAGUAAGCAACUCCCAGAUUCUCAGCAACGCAACCAAACUGUCCCAAUGGCAUGCUGCUGCCAACCACAGCUCAGCAUCUGGACGAAGUAAAGACCUUGCUGGGGGAGCAGAUUUUUGUGCAAAAUACUCAGAGGUGCAUAGCGUAAUGUCCAUGCUGUACUACAUUCUGAUCAUAGCUUUUUUGAUCGGCACACAGGCAGCUCCAAAGUCAGCGGACAAUGCUCCUCUGGGGUAUCCUGCAGAACCCUCCCUGUCCAAUAUCCACUGGAGUAACGGACACCACGUUCCCAAGGCAGCUCCACACACAUCCCACAGCCACUCUACUUGGACGAUAGAUAGGAGAGAAUCUGUGAAUAUCACUGUGGACCCAAAGUUAUUCAAGAAGAGGCGCUUCCGAUCCCCUCGAGUCCUGUUCAGCACACAGCCUCCUCCAGUGUCAAAGCAAGGACAGCAUAUGGGAUAUCUUGACCAUGCAGACUCUCUCAACAGGACUGUCCGGACCAAGAGGACUACACAUCCUGUCCUGCACCGGGGAGAGUUCUCAGUAUGUGACAGUGUCAGCAUGUGGGUUGGGGACAAAACCACUGCCACUGACAUCAAAGGCAAAGAGGUGACGGUGUUGGGAGAGGUCAACAUUAACAACAAUGUAUUUAAGCAGUACUUUUUUGAGACCAAGUGCAGGGAUCCUAAGCCAGUUUCCAGCGGGUGCCGAGGGAUCGAUGCUAAGCACUGGAACUCCUACUGCACCACAACACACACCUUUGUCAAAGCACUGACAAUGGAUGGCAAGCAAGCAGCUUGGCGCUUUAUCCGAAUUGAUACAGCCUGCGUGUGUGUGCUCAGCAGGAAGUCAGGGAGACCCUGAGGCGGAACUAAAUCCCAUGACAACAUCCUCCUAUCCCCCUACCUCAGCCUGUAAAUUAUUUUAAGUUAUAAAGGACUGCAUGAUGUAUUUAUAGUUUAUACAGUACAGAAAGAACCUCAUUAUUUAUUAAACUCUUUUGGAAAUCUUU